CAAACUGAAUAGAAGUGGUUAAAAGGUAAGUCUGUUUAAAAGUGUCUGUUAGUAAGUGGAAAUGGCGCGAAUGUUGCAGUUGUUAGGUUUAGUUCUCUUGGUAAUCGGAUUAGGUUCUGGUGCUUCGCCGAAUCGAAAAAACAAGCCCAGUCGUCAGCCUGUAGUUGAAGAAGAAGAUGUCCCAACGGCCAUCCAGGCUUCCGACGAAUGUCCAGAACCGUAUGGCUACUUUGCUGACGUAGAACAAUGCGAUAAGUACUACGAAUGCAAAGAUGGUCAAAUAACCGAAAAACUUUGCCCCGACGGCAUGGUUUUCAACGAUUUCAGCAUCGAAUAUGAAAAAUGCGAUCUGCCGUUCAAUAUUGACUGCUCACAACGGCCUAAACUGCAGGAGCCACAGCCUUCAACAAAUUGUCCAAGGAAACAUGGCUACUUUCCUCACCCAAACCCAUCAACUUGUGACAAAUUUUACUACUGCGUUGAUGGACAAUUCAACAUGAUCACAUGUCCAAGUGGACUUGUCUACAAUCCAAAGACUGGCAUCUGUGCUUGGCCAGAUGAAGCCAAAAAGAAGGGAUGCAGUUCAGAAGAGGUAUUUCAGUUCGAGUGUCCUAAGGUUAAUGAAACUUUUGGGCUGACGCACCCACGAUACGCUGACCCUGACGACUGCCAAUAUUUUUAUGUGUGCAUCAACGGGAACGUUCCCAGACGAAAUGGAUGCAAACUGGGACAGGUCUUUGAUGAUGUUGGUAAAAAGUGCGAAUGGGCCAGAAAAGUUCCAGAGUGUGCUGACUGGUACAAAGGUAGGCUAACAGACGAAGAAUUAGAUAAACUAGAAAAUCCCCCAACGCCGAGAACUGCAGACGGAACUCCUAUAAGAAGGAGGAAACCCCAAAGGCCGUCUUCCAAAAAUAGCGAAAGCGCCUAACAUGUAUUUUUUAAAAAGUCAAGUGUAUUUUUAAUUUUUAAGUUUUGUA